AUGUCGGAUUUAUCACAGAAACGUCCGGCAACUGUAACAUUUGACGUUGAUUAUCAUAGGCCCACUACCCGUAGUGGCAUCCGUACUGCUACUAGUGGAACUCGUGAUAAGUCUAACCUAAAAUCUCCAAAAAGAACAGUAACGCAAAACUUAAAAACAGCAGAUCUCUCGCAUAUUACAGAUCAGAAAGAGAUUCCCAAUGUUCCCACCUUUAUUCCAGAUGAAUUUAACAAAGUUGUUGCGACUCCAAUUCCAAUUAGACCUGGAACCUCUCAAUUAGAUCCUGAAAGCAAUCAAUGGAUGACAAAAGUUUUCCCAUCUCCUGAACCUAGUAAUACUCGUGAAGAAGUAGAGCAUCUUGGACAAUGGUUAAAUACAGUUCUCGAAAAAAAUCAAAAAGAAUCCAAAGAUCCAAUCGAAUUAGCAUCAAAUGCAAGAAAUUGGUUUACAAUUGCUUAUGAGGAACUUUGCAGACAGGUUUCUGUCGAAUGUCCUGAAAGAUCUACUCUUUUAUUAUCAAUAUGGAGACGUUAUCAGGAACUAUUCGCAAGAGUAGUUCAAUUACAUCAAGAAGAAAAGACGUAUCUCGUUACUUGUCAUAAAGAAAGAACACAAAUAUUAAAAGACCAGUUAGAAGUUAGUCAAUCUCGAUUAAAACAAAUUACUCAACAAUACAGAGAUGAUCAAGAGCGUUGGUCAAAUGUUAGAGAAAGAGAUGAAACUAAAUUUGCAAAUAUGAGAAAGAAACUCGAUUUACAAGUUAAAAAUAAGCGUUCCCUUCAAAUGCAAAUCAAAAUUUUACGCGAUCAACUCGAAAGACCGAAAUCAAAUAAAAAUUCUCAAGAAAAAUUUGACUUAAAAGAACCCGAAAAGCAUGAAGAAGAGGAGGAAAAGGCAGUAGAAAUCAAUGAAAGAUACAUUUCAGAUAAAACUCAUGCAUUUAGAGGUCGUGUUAGAAAAGAUUUUCCGCAAUACCAUGAUAUCGUCAAUAUGCUUGAUGAUAUCUCAAGAUACGUCGACCAGGAAAGAACUCCUGCAAAUAUUACUCGCGAACAAUUCCCUACUAUCUUCCAAACCGUUCCUCCACUCAGAAUUCCAAAAAUUCGUACGUUAAAAUGGGUUUUGGCGGCUUUAUCUUACUUUUAUGCUGCCAGAUUGACUGAAUUAAGUGAUAGAAGGAUUGUUAAGGACUGGAAUCCUAAUAGACAGCAUUUUGCUGAAGAUAUUUACGAAAUUUUUUUGGUAAUUUUCGGAAAUCCUCAAGAAGCAGCAGAAACGUUCUUCGAUUUAAUAGAAUCAGCAAGAGUAUAUGCCGAAGAAGGUAAUCUAAGGUGCAAACACUUUUUACAAUUUGUUGAUGUAAUUCAACCAUAUAGAGAUUGUGUUUAUCUUGAUUAUUAUUGCUUCUGCUUAGGUUGUUUCAUGAUAACUAAUGCUUCUCAAGGUGUUUUGUUCAAAGACGAGUUUGAUGGAGCUGAAGUCAAACUUAGUCCUGUCAAUGGAGCACUUGCUAUUGAUCUACUGAAGAAAGUUCUUUAUUCUGUAUCUGAUAGUGCUUUUGCUGAGAGUUUUGUCACAAAAAUGAGAAAUGAAUUAGUAAUUCCUGAAGGAAAAGAGUUCGAUGUGACUGUUUCAGAGGACCAAGUAUUAGACAUUCUUAUUAUGGCUUAUGCAGCUGAAGAAAGUCGUAUGACAGACCAAAUCCGAGAACAAUACGAAAUGGAUGCAGCUCAAUUUGGCGGAAUUGUCACUUUCGGUCAGUUCCAGACAUUAGCAAUGUUCUCUUCUAGAAAAUUAGAUACGAGAUCAUACAUAGAAAUGAUGAGAGAAACUUUAGCGAAAAUGAAAUCAGAAACAAUUUCACUAGCAGCGCUUAUUGAUGCUAUGCAUAAGAGAGCAAUGCUGGUACCUUUCUCUUUUGAGAGAGUUGACUAUGAUGUCAAUGAUCAUCAGGAUGAUAUGUUUAAAUUUAUCAAAGAAGAGUACGAAUUCCAUUUGCCUGAAAUUGAAUCGAAGUUGGAAGACCUCGCAAAGGCUGACGAGGGAUUAUUCAAGCAGUUACAAGCCGCGAAAACGAAAUUCGACCAAGUUAUUGAAUCUAAGAGAAUCGGAUUUUUCACAGAAGUUGCUCAGAGGGAUAUAUACAUGAAGUUGCGUUCAAUUCAUGUCGAUUAA